UUUCUCUCUCUCUUUCUCGCUUUCGCUCUGGCCCUUGCUCUCCGAGAGAACAGGGCGUGGAUCUUGGGCUAGGGCUUUCGAUCAAGGGAUCAAGGGAGAUGGGAAAGGUUGCUGUUGGUGUGGCGGUGGUGGGAGCGGUGGCGGCGGUUGCGGUGGCGACCGUGGUGGUGCGGAGAAGGAUGCGGAGCACUGGGAAGUGGACUAGGGCGGCGGAGAUCGUUCGGGAGCUGGAGGAGCAGUGUGCGACUCCUUUGGGGAGGCUGCGACAGGUGGCUGAUGCCAUGGCUGUGGAGAUGCACGCUGGUCUUGCGUCUGAUGGUGGGAGCAAGCUCAAGAUGCUGAUCAGCUAUGUUGAUAAUCUCCCUACUGGGAACGAGACAGGAUUGUUUUAUGCGCUUGAUCUUGGAGGAACAAACUUCCGUGUUCUUCGUGUUCAGCUUGGUGGAAAGGAUAAGCGUGUCAUUAAGCAAGAAGCAGAGGAGGUGUCCAUUCCUCCGCAUCUCAUGGUUGGAACCUCUGAUGAUCUAUUUGAUUUUAUUGCUGCGGAAUUAGCAAAAUUUGUGGCAUUGGAAGGUGAUAGCUUUCACCUUCCAGUUGACAGGCAGAGAGAGCUGGGCUUUACUUUCUCUUUUCCUGUGAAACAAUCAUCAAUUGCAUCAGGUUCUCUUAUCAAAUGGACAAAGGGCUUUAAAAUCGAUGGCACGGUUGGGGAAGACGUAGUGGCUGAGUUGACAAAGGCCAUGGAAAGACAAAACCUUGAUAUGCGUGUUACAGCUUUGGUCAAUGAUACAAUUGGUACAUUGGCUGGAGGUAGAUACUAUGAUAACGAUGUUGUGGCUGCUGUUAUAUUGGGGACUGGCACAAAUGCAGCAUAUGUUGAGCGCGCACAAGCAAUUCCCAAGUGGCACGGCCUCCUACCUAAGUCGGGAGAUAUGGUUAUUAACAUGGAGUGGGGAAACUUCCGAUCAUCUCAUCUUCCAGUAACAGAAUAUGAUCAAGCAUUAGAUCUUGAGAGUUUGAACCCUGGUGAGCAGAUAUUUGAGAAGCUCAUCUCUGGAAUGUAUUUGGGAGAUAUAUUAAGAAGAAUACUAUUGAAAUUGGCCGGGGAAGCUGCCCUGUUUGGUGAUACUGUACCACCUAAGCUCAAAGAGCAAUUUAUACUUCGAACUCCAGUCAUGUCUACCAUGCACCAUGACACAACUCCGGAUCUUAGAGUCGUGGGUAACAAAUUGAAGGAAAUAUUCGAUAUCAAUAACACCUCUCUGAAGGUAAGAAAAUUGGUUGUGAAGUUAUGCGACAUAAUCACCAAACGCGGUGCGCGCCUGGCUGCAGCUGGAAUCGUCGGAAUCCUGAAGAAGCAGGGUCGCGACACACUGCGAUAUGGCAACAAACAGCGGACAGUGAUUGCCAUGGAUGGGGGCUUGUUUGAACAUUACACUAUAUUCAGCAAGACCCUGGUGAGGACUAUAGAGGAGCUACUCGGAGAAGAGGUAGCAUCCACGGUGUUCAUUGAGCACGCGAAUGAUGGCUCAGGCAUUGGAGCUGCUCUCCUUGCAGCAUCCCAUUCUCAGUACCUCGGGCUUGAAGAGCCCUGAGGGAGAGAGCAUUCAUCUUGUCACCCUGCUUCUCCCCUCAUCAGCUAUUCAAUGCUUAAGCUAAUCCCUGUCCACAAGCUUCUGUCGGGUUUUGAGAAUCGAGUAGUCGCGUAAAUUAUAUAAAUGCAGGUUGGAGUGUUCGUGAUGAUGGCGCUACUACCCUUAGUUUGCCAUGCUUCACCAUUCCUUUCCAGCAGGAGCUGUAAAAGUUAGCUCCUAUAGACACUCUCUCUCAAUUUUGUUGCCAUUCAAUUGCUUUUGCAAGGUUUUAUAUACAUACAUAUAUUGUUUGCU